GUUAUUAAAUCAACGUAAUAUUAAGUAACACCCUUCGAUCAGUUGAGUUUCAAUUUGGUAAAACGCUUAUAAUUUGAUGGGGUAUUUUUAAAUGAUUUUUUAUUAAUUAAUUAAUUAGGGUGAUUUGGUAAUUUUUAUUUUUGCAUUUAGAAAAUAAUAUCUGAAUUAAGUAACAACCGAAAGAAUCUAACUAAAAAAUAAAAAAAAAAUUAAAUUAAAUUAAAUUUACAGUGAGCAUAACCCUAAAACAACACUUCCCGCUUCCUCUUUGUUGUUUUUCUCUCCCUCAUGUCUUCAUAGCAUGUUCUACUUACAAAAUUAAGCUCUUAACUGUGUUCAUUUAUGGUAUGAUCCUCGACAUAUUGUAACAAAAUAUAAUAAGAUUUCAAUUCGAUCAACUCGAUCGAUGUCAAAAGAAAUGACGUCAGUUUGUAGCUUUGUGAAUCGCGAAUGGAAAAUUCUAAUUGUGGAUUAUGAUAUUAAUUGCUUAACGGAAUUGGAGCAGAUGUUACAAAGUUGUGGCUAUAAAGUGACAAAAUGCCAUUAUGGAAAGGAAGCAAUAUCAAAGUUAAAAGAUGAAGGAAAUCGGUACGAUAUAGUGAUAAUGGAUGUUAACAUGCCGGACAUUGAUGGAUUUGAGCUCCUUAAGCGCAUUAAAUUAGAGAUGGAUCUCCCUGUUAUAAUGACGUCAGAAGACGGUGAUGAGGAAAUGAUAAGGAAAGGGUCAAUGCAUGGAGCAUGUGAUUAUCUACAUAAGCCAAUUCAGAAGGAGAAUGUGAAACAUUUGUGGAAAUACGCGUAUAAAAAACAAAGACACGUAGAAGGGGAACAAUCCGCAGAAAGUAACAGUUCAGAUAUAAUUAAUAUGAAUAAUGAAUCUACCACUUGGGGUAAUUAUUGUCAAAGGAUUAACCCAAUAAUCGACGAGAACUCGGUUGUUGGUGAAGAUAACGAAGAAUCUUGCACGAAUAAGAGGAAACAUGCUAGUAAUAUUGAUGAAGAUCCGAAUGUGAAUGACAAUGCAAUUUCAAAGAAAAAGCCAAGGGUAAUUUGGACAACUGAGCUCCAUGCUAAGUUCGUUGCAGCAAUUUAUCAGAUUGGGUCUGCAAAGGCAGUUCCAAAAAAGAUAUUGGAAAUAAUGAAUGUUCCUGGCUUAACUAGAGAAAAUGUUGCGAGCCAUCUACAGAAAUAUCGUCUAUAUUGUAAGCGGUCAGGAGAAAAUCAACAAUUUCAUAGUGAAGGAAUGAACUUGAUGUGCCUACCUGAUGAAACAUCUCAGGUGGUAGACACACACAAUAAUGUUGAAGCUCCGAGAUAUAUUAUACCAACGUCGUCGUCUUUGCAAGAACAUAGUUUCACAAGCUUGAAUACUCAUUCUCAAAUCGAAGUGUCGUCGAAUAUAGGAUUGGGAAGUCUUGUUGAAGGUGGUGGUGUUAAUGUUGUAUAUCACCCUGUAGCUGCUGCUGAUGCUGCUGCUUCCUCAGAAACUACAUCAACAGGGGGACACUCAUACAGAUUUGACGAUCUUAAUUCUCACACAAGAUUUGCAAGCAAUUCAUAUGAAAACUAUUUGCUUAAUUUUAGUUGCAAUUACAAUGAUGCUGCACUCUAUUUAGAACAAUUUGACCAUCAGUAUCUAACUCCGACUCACCCAUAUACUCCGACUCACCCAGGUACGUCAAACAUUCUAGCAGUAAUAGUAAUAAUCAACAAAGAUGGAAUCAAGAUGGUAGAAGCUAGAGAAGAGAUUCUAUCAUUGGUGGGAAUUGCUAAAAAACCAAGGAAGCCUAUGUCUGAAGUUCAGAAGAGGAGAACAGCUGAAGGAAGUGGAUUUCAUAGCAAGAAAGGCGCGCAACCAGCUGAGUCUGUUGGAUCAGUGCAUUAA